AAGAAGAGAAAGAUGCUUCGAAAGGAAAUCAGAGCGCAUCAGGAAGCUGCAGCAGGAUCACAUCUGUAUGCUGGGUGCACAGCUCAGCUCACUUAAAUCUUGGUUUCUGGUCAGUGAUGAUUCCACCUGCUGGUCUCUGAAGCCUAACCAGCUACAGUUAUGGAUGACGCUCCCCCUGGCACACAGGAGUAUAUUAUGUUACGGCAAGAUUCCAUCCAAUCUACGGAAUUAAAGAAAAAAGAGUCCCCCUUUCGUGCUAAAUGCCACGAAAUCUUCUGCUGCCCUCUGAAGCAAGUGCACCUCAAAGAGAACACAGAACCCGAAGAGCCGCAGCUUAAAGGCAUCGUGACGAAACUGUACAGCCGGCAAGGCUACCACUUGCAGCUGCAAGCAGACGGGACUAUCGAUGGCACAAAGGAGGAGGAGAGCACCUUUACUUUGUUUAACCUCAUACCCGUGGGUUUACGAGUGGUGGCGAUUCAAGGCGUUCAAACAAAAUUGUACUUAGCAAUGAACAGCGAAGGAUACUUAUACACAUCGGAACAUUUCACACCGGAAUGCAAGUUCAAAGAAUCGGUUUUUGAGAAUUACUACGUUACUUACUCCUCCAUGAUCUACAGGCAACAGCAGUCUGGGAGAGGCUGGUAUCUGGGCCUUAACAAAGAAGGCGAGAUCAUGAAAGGAAACCAUGUGAAGAAAAACAAACCCGCAGCACACUUCCUCCCCAAACCAUUAAAAGUGGCCAUGUAUAAAGAACCCUCCCUCCACGAUCUUACAGAAUUUUCACGGUCCGGCAGUGGAACCCCAACAAAAAGCAGAAGUGUCUCAGGAGUCCUAAACGGUGGGAAAUCCAUGAACCAGAACGAAUCGACGUAGCCAGGUUGCAGGGGGAGCAAGUGGAGAGAUGCAUCAAUGGAACCUUACCUCUGGAGUCACAGUUGAACCCUUCCUUAGCAGUCAAUCAUCCAAACGUUCCGUUCCAGACAAGCCGCCGAACUUGCAUAGGGUCAUGUGUCUUACCAAGCCAUUAGACCUGGUUGUUAAACAACAACAAAAAAGUAUUUUUUUUAAAGGAGAGAGAUCCAACAUAACAUAGAAUAUGCUUGUGCAAUCUUACAAGGAUAGUCAAACAUAAAUUGCGGCAUAAAAUUGCAGAGAAGAAAUAUCCAUCU